AUGAAGAAUAAUUUAGUUGAUGAUUCUAUAUCAAAUAGAGUGAGAAAUUACUUAAAGAAUUAAGUUGAUCAUGAAUUUAAGAGCAAUUAGGUUGAAGUAAUCUAUGUAAUUAGUUAUGAUAGACUUAAUAAAUUAUUGACAACUUGCCCCAUGGACUCAAGGAUGAUAUUAAUACAAACAUAAAGACUAGGAUAUUAUAAAAUAUGAAACUACUGGUAAGUAACUUCUCAAAACAAACACAGUCUCAAAUAAUUCCUAAACUUGAAUAGAUUAAUUUUAUACCAAAUGAUGUUAUUUAUGAUCCUGAAACAUUAAAUAUCGAAUAGUAUCUGUAAUUUUUAUAAUUAUGAAUAUAGAUAUUAUUUAGAUUAAGGAUCAGUCAGUCUAGUGGAAGUGAGAACAUAGAAGGUCAUCUAAACUUAUAAAGUAGGUGAUACUUUGGGAGAGUAUUCAUUUAUUAGUGGGUUGACUCAAAAAUUCAAGUUAAUUAGUACAAGUUACUGCUAAUUAUACAGAAUUUCUAGAUAAGAUCUAUUGAGGGUGGUGUAAAAUAAUUAGAGAGACAAAGAAAUAUUCUAUUCUUUAUAAGAUUAAUUGCUAUAUCUCUCUGAUUACAGUCUUAUAAAUAAUAAGUGCAGUUUAUGUAAUAGAUUUGACCAUUAGAACUGUGAAUGUUUCAUUAUAUCAUACAAACCUGAUUUAGAGAAAUUAGUUAAGGUGUCUGAAUUCUUAUUCCAACAAAGAACUUCAUUCUAAAGAAAUGAGCGUUAGAAACUUAAAGUAACAAGCUCAAUUUAAGUACAAUUUAAAAUUAUCAAGGGAAUCUAAAGCACCAUCUUACAAUUUUAACAGUUUGAAACCACAUCCAAUUAGAACGAAUCGUAUACUGUCAUUAGUGGGACUAAACGAAUCAAAUAGUUUUAAAGUCAAAAACAAAGCGACAAUAAAAUUGAAUAGCCAGAAUCUUCUAAUCCCAGUGAUUAAUCUCCAGAUAUCUAGAUAGAAAAGAUGACCCAUCGUAAACUCUCUUCUAAUUUAACUGGAAAGUUUAAUAUGCAAAACUUAAAGAGUAUGGAUAACAAGGACGCUCAAAGAAAGAUAUCUAUCGCAAUUCAAAAGGAAUAAGCUUUGAAUCCAGAAUAUGCAAGUUAGUAAAUGAUUUAAUUAAGGUCAAUUAAAAAUCUUUCUAAUACAGCUAUCUUAGAACCUGAAGAUAAUAACAAAUUAAUAAAAUCUUAAAACCUUGACAUUGACAAAAUCUAUGAAUUUUAACAUUACUUACCAUAGAAUAAUUUUUAAAGUGUAAUCCUAAACUACAAUAAAUAAAAACUUAAACUUAUACCAAUCUUCUCAAGAAACCUUGCCAAGUCCUUUAAAUAUACAUUUUAUUAUAAAAAAGCAAAAUUGGCAUGCUAAAUGAGAAUGAUGUCUGCUCCAAUUACACGUAGAUUGUUAAAGGGCCAUCAAAUUAAAAAACCUAAAUGA